UAAAAGACUUAUUUUUGAAUUCAUACAAUUGCUUGUUUUCAUUAAAUUGUGUUUGUAUUCAUCAAGUUCAUUGCAUUUAUAUUACACAAAUAUGAUCAAAGAGAUUUUACUUUAUUUUUCUUGUCUUAGUAAAACUUUCCAUUCGAUAUAGACAAAAACUAUUUAAAACAAAUCUACACAAAAGUAUGUUUGAAAAUUCAUUAUCUUCAGUAAAUAUCAAGAUGGAAAACAACCAAAAUAAAUUCAAAAAAAUAAAUUUUACCAUAAAAAAUGCUUCUGAAAUGAACUCAGCAGACUCAAACAAUAACAAUUGCGUAGUUAAAACUCAAGAAAUCGUUAAUGAAGAAUCCUUCAGGAGACGCGCUGAAGACAACGAGACUGUUUUGAGAACUGCAGCUGAUCGGGCGGCUAGAAGAGCAAAAAGAGCGCAACAAUUAAGUUCUGGAAACGAGUCCUCAGUAAAUAUACCACCUAAUGUAAAUACUAUAGAAAAGGUUUCUGAUAAUGUAACUGUAAGCACGGAAUCACCUUCUAAGUCAUUUCCUUCUUCAAGUGGUCUUAGAAGAACCGCAACUUGGUCUCCAAGCAAUCGCCAAAGUGCUGUACUAGGAAUAAAAAAUGCACUUGAUAAAUUUACUUCUCAGGAAUCACGGGCCUUACCAGAGUUUGGAACUUCAUAUAUUAAAAAAAAAAAUGAUGUUGAAGAAAAAGAACAAAAAUUUUCUGUUACUAAUAAAUAUACUCCUAGUGUUCCUGGUAUUUCAAUCAAUAAAGUUGGAGCAAAUGUAACAACCAGGCUUCAAAGUACUUCCACAAUUUCUCCAAAUAAUUUAGAUAAUGGUCGUUUACCAGCAGCAAAAGAUAAUGGGUUAAGAAAUAGAAAUUCUGUGUCAGUAAAUGAUUCUUUAGAAAGUAAACCUGUUCCCCUAAACAACAAUAAACCUCACAAUACAUUAUCACCUCAAAACUCAGUGUUAACCAAGUCUCUAAGCUCAAGUCAAAAUAAUUUGCAGAACACAGCUAAUGCACUGGCAAAAAAAGUAAGUUCUGAUAGGUCAUCUAUUUCAAAUACAAGUUUUAACAGAUAUAGUCAAAAUUUAAAGGACGAUUAUGGCGUUCAGGAGACAAGUACCACAUCUGAAUUUGGUACUUCAUGCAUUAAAAAAAAAAGUGAUGAAGAAAAAGAACAAAAAUUUUUUGUUACUAAUAAAUAUACCCCAACUGUUCCUGGUAUUUCCAUUGAGAAAGUUAAUGUGAAUAUUUCGAACAAGUUUCAAGAUACUUUAUCAUAUUCCACUAAUAAUUUGGAAAGCAGCAGUUUACAAGCUGUAAAAGAUAAUGGGUUAAGGAAUAGAAAUUCUGUGAUAGUAAAUGACACUUUAGAAGCCAAAUCCUUAAACAACAAUUUCAACAAAUAUUCAUUAAAUACUAACAAAUUUAGCCACAGCAGCAAUGAAAACUUGAAUGCUUUGUCCCCAACAUCACAAACAUCUCAGAGUUUGAACAAAUCUCUAAGCUUGAGUCAAAAUAAUAUACAGGUUGCAUCAAAUUUCCAAUCAAAAUCUUUAAGUACAAGUCAAAACAAUCUACAAGUUACACCAAAUUUACCAGCAAAAUCUUUAAGCUCAAGUCAAAAUAAUUUACAGGUUACAUCAAAUUUACCAGCAAAAUCUUUAAGUUCAAGUCAAAAUAAUUUACAGGUUACAUCAAAUUUACAAGCAAAAUCUUUAAGUCAAAACAAUCUGCAAGUUGCAUCGAAAAAUAGAUAUAGUCAAAAUAUAAAGGAAGACUAUGGCAUUGAGAGAGAAAAUUCUGGAACAUUUUCAUCGAUUAAUUCAGGAUUAAACCAAGCUAGGACUGGAAAUCGUUCUCCUGUACCUACGAAAUCAAACAACUUUUUCAGUGGUUCUUCUUCCAAACUUUCAGAUCAAUCACCAAUACCAUCAAAGUCUUUUGGAAGUGGGGAUAAAGAUCAAUCACCCAACUUUAAUGAUACAAUAAUGUCUCAAAAUGCUAGUGAGCGAAUGGCAUUUUUCAGGCAAGCUGCAGAAGAAGAGAAAUUAAAAGAAGAAAAGCAAAGAGAAAAAGAGAAAAGAGAGAUUGAGCAAAAAGAAAAAGAACAGAGAGAGAAAGAGCAGAGGGAGAGAGACCAAAAAGCAUGUAGUGUAGCACCAACUUCCCCUAUAGCUGUUGAAAAGAAAGAAGAUAAUGAUGAUGAUGAUGACACAAAAGACAGUGAAAAAAUGAAAUUUGCUGCACCAUGCAUGAAGAAGCGUGAGAAAAAGAAAGUAGUAAGAAGAACGAUGUCUAUUGGAUCUAUUGUUUUGGAUUGGGUUCAAGAGAUGGUUAAAGACUAUCCUGUUGAAGUGAAGAAUUUUAGUUCAAGUUGGAAUGAUGGAAUGGUUUUCUGUGCACUUAUUCAUAGGUUUAAUCCAACAGAGUUUGAUUUUAGUCUCUUGAAGCCAGAAAAUAAAAGAGAAAAUUUUAAUACUGCAUUUGAAACUGGGAAAAAAGUGAAAAAUAUUCCUAUAUUAUUGGAUACAGAAGAUAUGGUUCGAAUGGAUAAGCCUGAGCCACGAAGUGUUCAAUGUUAUGUGCAAUGGAUAUGGAGUGUGUAUGGUCCUACUUCAGGUUAUGGUCCAACACCGGGAGAAGUUCAAACUUAACUUUUUUUUUACUGCUAUUUUUAUAUCCAAUUUUAUAUAUUUUUAAUGUUAUACAUUAUAGUUUUUUUAUCAUUAUUUUUUUUUCUUUUAAAUUAUUUUCAAUGUAAAGUUUUUUGAAGUACGUUAGAGUAUUUCCAUUAUUGAAUUAUCCCAGGGUUUAUGUUAAAUCUACUGAAGCUGCAUGCGAUAUUGAAUGCCGUAUGCUUUUGUCAAAACUGUGAGAUGUAUUUAUGAAUUUUUUUAUAUGUACUUUUCUUUAAACAUGUUUUACAUUUACUUUCUUA